AUGAUAUACAAUUGCAGGAGUUUUUCAUUGGGGGCAGAUAGCCCUCCAACUGCAGUUGAGUGGGUAAUCGCUGAAAUGAUCAAUCAGCCGCUGAUUUAUCAGACGGCCAUGGAGGAAAUUCAUAGUUUGGUUGGAAGAGAAAGAUUAGUCCAAGAAUCUGAUAUUCCACAACUAAAUUAUGUUAAAGCAUGCGCCAGGGAAUCUAUGAGGCUCCAUCCAGUUGUGCCAUUCAAUCCUCCUCGUAUGUCUAUAUCAGAAACCACCAUUGGCGGCUAUUACAUACCCAAAGGCAGCCAUUUUCUUCUUGACCGCGUCGAGGGCUUGGUCGAAAUCCUAAGGAUAGAUGGAUCUAGUGGCCCUAAUAGUAGUCAGGUUGAUGAGCAGCCCGGUGAUACAUUUCCGAUGAUUAGGAAAACUACAAAAGUGCAAGCUGACUGGAUUGAGGAACUUGAGGUUGACAUGAUUGAGGGCCAGGAAAGGACCAAUGAUCUUAGUGUGCAACUUGGAGAAACCCAUGUGCGACUGGUUAGGGGAGCGAUGAAGGAGCUGAACCUGCCCAGGAUGGGAGGUCAUCUAGUUCUGCAGUGGAUUAAGUCUUGA